AUGCAAAAACAGAUACUACAAUUUCAAGAACUACAGCUUCAUCAGUCCCAAUUUCACACAGCAACCCAAGGCUCUUUAGCUGUAAGGCUUCCAAAACUGGAACUACCCUCCUAUAAUGGAGACAAUAUCAAAUUUCAAGAAUUCUGGGAUGCCUUUGAUGCUACAAUCAACAGGAAUAGUAAGCCCUCUAGGAUUGAGAAAUUCAGCUAUCUUCAGAGCAAACUCACAGGAGAAGCCAAGGCAGCUAUUUCAGGAAUUUCGCUCACGCAUGAAAACUAUGAUGUAGCCAUUGAUAUCAUACAGGAGAGAUUUGGGGAUGCACAGUCAGUGAUCCAUAAACAUCAUAUGAAAUUGAUCAACAUACAGCCUGUGACAAAUGAUACAUUGAGUUUGAGGAGACUAUAUGAUGACCUUGAGAAACACAUGAGAAGCUUAGAAGCAUGGCGUCAAGAUGUAAACCAGGAUGUGUUUGUGUCAAUGAUAACUUCGAAGAUACCUAAGGAAACACUGCUGCAGCUUGAAAUACAGAAAGGAAGUAGAGACAAAUGGACUGUUAAGAAAAUAAGAGACUUGUUUAAAGCUUAUAUCACAGCAAAGGAAUCUACAGAAUUUCAAACUUCAGAUGCUCAUAAUCAUGUAGAAAAUCAUACAACAGCAGAAGCUUUAAUGAUAUCCACUAAAGAGUCAAAGGAAAGAAGGAAUGCAUCAAGUGCAAAGUCUCCAGUGUGCAGUUUUUGUAAUGGAUAUCAUUGGACUGAUGAGUGCAGAAAAGAGAAUAGGAAUCACCAUAGGAGCCAGUGUCCAAAGAAAUUUCCACAUCAGAGAGAUGAAUCAACAAGGCUGGAAAAAUCAACACAGAAAGAAACAUCUUGUUUAGCAGACAAGUCACACAAAGAGAAACAUUCCACAGAAGAAUCAUUACAGGAAAGCAGUAUGUUUACAUCAGGGGAUAUUGUGUUGACGCAGACUACCCACAAAGAAGUGUCUAAUCCUGUGAUAAACAAGAAGGAAGCUGUCCGGAUUUUAAUGGAUUCUGGAUCCCAGAGAACAUACAUUACAGAGGAUCUAGCGAAGAGAUUAAACCUUAGAAUGGGUCAAACUGAAGAAAUUUCCUUGAUUACAUUCGGUGCUGACAAACCAAUGCGAAUGAAAACUCCACAAGUCAUCUUGAAGAUGAAACUUAAAGAAGAAGAAUUUAUGACAGUCAAUGCCAAUGUUGUGCCGAAAAUUACAGGAACUAUACCGAGAAGACCCAUACCACAAAUUGCCAGGGAAAAGUUGUUUAGCUUGUGUAGACAUCUCCAGAUGUCUGAUACUAUUCCAGCAGCCUUUGAAGAUUCUAGAGUAGACAUACUCAUUGGAAAUGACUAUUACCUUGUUAUCAUUUCAUCUGAGAAAAUAGGGGUACAGGAAGGACUGUAUUUUUUAGGAUCCAAACUUGGAUGGAUCAUAACAGGAAGGACUCACAGCAGUAAUGAAGAGAGAAAAGAACAUCAGAUGAUGAUAGCAAAUGGAUUACUGUCAAUUACAGAGUGCUGUCUUCGUUCUUCAGAGAGACGUUUGCCAGUGAAACCUCUACUUGAAGACUUUUGGAAUUUAGAGACUAUAGGAAUUAAAGUCUCCCCCUAUACAUCAGAUGAUGAGGAAGCACUGAGAAAUGUCAAUAGCACCUUGGAGAUGGAGAAUAAUAGGUAUCAUGUCACUUGGCCAUGGAAGAGUUCAUGUCUAGAACUUCCUGAAAACAGAGAACUUGCCUAUGGAAGGUUCAAGUCACUUGUACACAAGAUGCAAAGCAAGCCUGCCUUCUUACAAAAAUAUUAUGAAAUUAUCCAGGAUCAGUGUACAAAGGGAAUUAUAGAGAAGAUUCCUCACAGUAGUAAAGAAACAGGGAUAAAGCAUUAUAUCCCACAUCAUGCAGUUAUCGACCCAACGAAGCCAACCACAAAAGUUAGGAUCGUAUAUGAUGCAUCAGCAAAGUCAAAACCGAGUAACCUCAGUCUCAAUAAAUGUCUACACAAAGGACCUGUUAUGCUACAGGAUUUAUGUAGACUACUGUUACGCUUCAGAAUGAAUAGGAUUGGAAUUGUAGUUUACAUAGAGAAAGCUUUCCUAGUGCCGUUUGGUGUAAUAUCCAGUCCAUUUCUUCUGGCAGCAACUAUUGACCAUCACCUCUCUAUGUACAACAGUGAGACAGCUGAAAAUAUUAGAAACAAUAUCUACGUUGACAAUGUAACCACUGGAGUAGAUACUGUUACAGAUGCAGAAGUUCUAUACAAGGAUAUUAAAGAGAUUGGGCUUCAAACAACAAGGAAUUUUACAACUCCAUUCCAAAAUCAGAUCAGUCUGUGA